UUAAACAUAACAUAGUCGGCCUGUAAAAGGUAGCACAAAUUAAAAGGCACGGUCCCUAUACAAGGGUUAGAAAUGCUUGCCAAGUCCCUAUGGCUUCGUGAAAUACUAAAAACAGUAUAGGAAUGUAAGUUUCAAAACGCGUAUUGCCAAGCAUUGAUGUGUGUUACCAGACGUGUUACUCGAUGACACUGUAGUCGAUUUCAAUCCUCGUGUCGUCCAGUUGUGAAAUUAAUAUCUGGAUAGCUGCUUUGAAAUUGACACUUAACGGCACAUAUUUCAUUCUACGCCCAGGUAACAAUACACAACAUUCUUAAAACCUUUGUUUUUAUUUCAGAGAAACAGUUUUAAUCCUGAAGACUACGCAGCUGUCCGCCAUCUAUUGAUAUUUACGAUGAAAAUGAUGUUUCCCCACCACAAACUCCAGAUCCGUUGCGGCGCGGGCAAGGCAGAAUUAUUCCGCGACCUCACCCACGAUGCCAAUGUUCUUUCCAUAAACUCCGGCGACCCGUGUCUGUAUAACGCCCUUAGGGAUUUCUGUCCUUCGGACGGUUACAGGGUACCAAAUAUAGCUCAUUAUAUCUGGUUUAAUAUCCCAACAAUGUCCUUCUUCCAUUUCUUGAGUUUUAUGAGCGUGCAUUUGUUCCAAGAACCAUGUGUUACCCUUGUCCACGGCCACCUCCCCGGGGGUCCGUAUUGGAGAUACCUGGCCCGUACCGUCUCAAACAUCAUCCACGUGGCGACGGAUCUCCCGGGGACCUUUGGAGGAAAACCGCUAAUCUCCAUGGAACACAAGUCGGACCUGGUCAGAUUGAUUGUCCUAAAAGAAUUUGGCGGGAUAUAUUUUGACAUUGACAGCGUCCUGUUCCGUAACCUCAACUCCCUAAGGAACUAUUCUGUUACCAUGAGUCUCGAGUACUGGUCCAACCUCUCAAACGGACUGAUUCUAGCCGAGCCAGACGCCAUGUUUACUCGACAAUGGCUGUCCCGUUACCAUGACUACACGUUUGACCCAGUACAGUAUUGGGAGUUCUCUCUCUUUGUCCCCACUAAGUUAGCGAGGCAGCACCCGGAAUGGAUUCACGUGGAGUACAUGACAUUCUGCUCGCCAGAUGGCGAACACCGGAACCAGAUUUUUGAGGGAAACUAUGACUGGGGCAAAAACUUCGCCAUGCAUCUCUAUAUACGAUUUUAUACAAAAAUACACAACUGUGCUGACGUCAGAACCCUGAACACAACUAUUGGUGCCGUGGCCAGAUACGUGUUGUAUGGCUCCAGGAAGUUGUGUCAAUAACGUACGUCAGAAAAAUAAAACUUGUAUAAUCAAACGUCUUAAAAGUGUUUAUGCAAGCAAUAAUGUUUUGAUUAAAAUUAUGUUAGCCGGUUUUAAAACUCAUAUUUCUGGUGUGUCAAGAGACGCACAAUAUUGAAAAUAUAGUCCGGCAUGGCGUCAAUCAAGCUUGGAAUACAGCUUAAGAAGAAUGUUUGACGGGAGAAUUCAAGAGUACCUGUUCUAAUCAGCCAAACUUAUAAAGCUGAUGUAUCUAGUGAUGCUUAAAACAAGACAUGCUACAGGACUGGGUAUGGCCCACGUUUUACCCCUGAUUAUGUUAUUGAACGUAUCUCUUUUCCAGUACGAUAUCUUGUGAUAUAAGUCGAGUUACCCGAAAUCCGGAAAGAUGUCAAACUUAUUUGAUCUAAGGCCAGAUCAUAUUCUAUCUUCAGAUUUCGUUAUGCAUGCAGUAUAUGUAGGUCUAGUACUUAUUAAAUACAC